CAUGGCAGAUAGUGACAAACCACUCGCAGGCAGUGUUGCCAUAGUAACAGGGGCAUCUAGUGGUAUUGGAGCAGCUGUAGCAAAGCAUCUUGCAGAGGCUGGUGCAAUGGUUGCUAUGGCAGCAAGAAGAGUUGACAAGUUAAAUGAGAUACAGGAAUCCAUUGAGAAAGGUGGUGGUGUUGCUAUUGCAGUUAAAACUGACGUCUGUAACAAAGACGAGGUGAAAGCAUUGGUUAAGCACACUGAAUCAACUCUUGGUCCUGUUGAUAUUAUAGUGAAUAAUGCUGGUGUUAUGUAUUAUACUUUGAUGAAAAAUCUAAAUGAAGACCAGUGGGAGAGAACUAUUGAUGUUAACUGCAAGGGUGUUGUAAAUGGUGUUGGUGCUGUAUUAUCUGGGAUGAUAUCGAGAGGCAAAGGACAUAUCGUCAACAUGUCAUCAAAUGCUGGCAGACGGGCAUUUCCAGGUUUGGCUGUAUACAGUGGAACUAAGUUCUUUGUUGAGGCCAUGUCAUCUGCAUUGAGACAAGAACUGAUUGGAACCGGUGUAAAAGUGACAACCAUUCAACCAGGGGAUGUAAAAACUGAUCUUGCAGCUGAGAAUACAGAUAAAGAGGCCAUAGAGAAAUAUGACAUGAGUUCAACUUAUGAUACACUGCAAGCAGCAGACAUUGGUAGAGCUGUGGUAUAUGCAGUUUCUCAACCCCCAUAUGUAGGUGUCAAUGAAAUCCUCAUAGAACCAAGAGAAGGUCCUGCUGUAUGA